AUGAAUCCCAAGCUCCCUUGGGCUGGCGAAACAGCAGCUGAUGCUUGUGCUCACGGCAACAGCUGCCAAGUAGGUGGCUUCUUGAAAUUCGCCAACGGGGACAUGCGAUGGUUUAGUGAACAAUGGACGUCAGAGGACUUCCAAUCCUUGGACAUUCCGGUCAACCAGGACAUGCAAAAGGAUAUUAGUUCCUAUGAGGCUUUCGCCCAAUUUUGUUUGCUGUAUUCAUGGUGCUCCUUGAUGCCGGGGCAACGUUUCUCCAUCACCUUGGAAAGCCUCAGUGAUAACACUGCAGCGGAAGCCAAUUCCAAUUUCCUUUUUACAACAAAAGUUCCUCUUUGUUUCUUUGUGGAAAGACUAUGCAUGCUAAUUGCAACGGUUCGUGCUGAGCUGGGUGUUAGCCAUAUCGCAGGACAGAGAGAGGAGGCCUUCGGAACACGGACACGAGACCAGGUAGCAGGGAGAAAAAGUGCUACCAAGACCAACAGCAGCAGCAGCCGGAGAAGAGAGCACCCAAGAGCGCACGUCAUCAAGACGAAUGGAGCGAAAGACCUCAGAAGUGAGCUCAGGAAGAGCAGCAACCUCGUGACGCCCAGAAGCACCCCAUUUUUGGAAAACCCAAGCCCGCCAACCUUGCCGACAAGCAUGACCGGCAGCACCAGUGAGGGUAUCCGGGUUUUGACGAGAAGGGUUGACAGAAGCAUCCGUGACAGCGGCAAAGGCGUGACGCCAGACCCAAGGACGACCCGCAACUUCAACAAACCCUUUGGAUUUCAUCCAGGAACGCAAAGCAUUAGAAGCAGUGCCAGAAGCCCAGGACCAAGAAGGACAACGACUUUUGGAGAGACGGAAACGGAAGACCGCAGACAGGAGCCGAGUAGCCCAAGUGACAUCGAGAUGGAGGUUCCCACCGAGAAAGAGGGACCGAAGCCAAGGACUGGUAUAGCGACACCUGCGAACAGAAGACCAAAAGCAGGACCAAAGCUUUUUCGAGAUAGACCAAGUGGGAGAUCGACCGACCCAGCCAAAGUUGACCUUAGAAAGCGAGAACUGACGCAGAUACCGAAGUUGGACAUCGAGGGAGAAACCACAACACCCCAACAAGCGAGCACACUUGCGCGCAGACUCAAGGCGACUGACCUCGUCAGAGUGCAAAGCACGACGGACAGAGCAAGAGACAGCGCCGAGAACACGCACAGCCGCAGAGACCUUAGAGGGAUCGAAGACCUCACUAGCUUCAGCAGUUUUACGCUUACCGGCCGCGGAGACAACGCAUUUAGCCAGGUUUUCAACAAGACCGACACUGUGACUCCAUUGAGACCACGCAUCAGUCAUGGAGUUUGA